AGGCAAGAAUAUAUUAACUUACAAAAUAUAUUAUAUAUUUUACAUUUAUUACAAUCUUUUUGAGAGAAAUCAUUAUAAAUAUAUAAUUUACGGUAAGGUAUGAGCACUCUUAAAAUCAUUAAUAAGUCUGCCGAUGCAUUUAAGAAUACGAGCUUAGAUUUGCCUAGGCCAUACUCAUAUAGCACGAAAACAGUCAACAUAGUAAUUUUCGGAUCAUUUUAUACUAGUAUUUUGAAUUCGCCAUGAUGAUGCAUAUUUUAAUUCUUUUUAAAAAAUUCUUCUGGGUUUCUAUUAAGUGUAAAGUUUAUAAUACUACCUCUGUUUUCUGCUCUGUUUUUGAACUUUGAGAAAAUUUCCUCCAAACAAUUAUUUACAAUAUUAUUUAUUCAUAAUUUUCUAGGGAAAUAAACUUGGUUAGUUGGCUCAAAAUAAUAAAUGUUUAUGUAAGUACAUCAGCAAAAGUUGGUUGGUUCAUUUACUCCCUUAGCUCUUCUUUACUCAUUUUUUUUCUCUGAAUAUUUGUGACAAACUUCUGAUCAAAGAUUAGUGUGGGAAUUUUUGAAGCAAUACCCAGAACUAACAUUUCCAGAUUUUUAAAGCUCUUGAAGGUGACGUUCUUUUUUUUUUUUUCUCUAAUUUUAAAAUUGUUUUUUAAUCAAAUUUUUCCCAUUUUAAUGGAGAUUUGAGCUUUAUUUUGUGUGAACAAAAAAACCCAGAAAAAAAACAUAAAAUGAAGAGUUUAAAUUUCUGGGUUUGUUUUAGUUUUUGUUUGGGUAGUUUAAUCCUUGUUGGGUUUAUUCCAAGAUCAAAUGCACAAAUUAAUUCUGCAGAAUCAAGAAUUUUAUUUCAACUUCAAAAGUAUUUUGAAUAUCCAAAUGUUCUUCAAUCAUGGGGAAAAUGGACUGAUUUCUGUUUUCUUCCACCUUCAUCUUCUGUUACUAUAGUUUGUUCUAAUGGGCAUAUAACAGAAUUAACUGUCAUUGGUAACAAAACUUCACCAUCACAUUCUUCUACUUCUUUAAAAGAUGGUAAAUUUGUUGUUUCUCAACAAACUUUAUCAAAAAAAUUCUCCAUUGAUUCAUUAUUCACUGUUCUUACAAAGCUCACAUCUUUAAAGAAACUUUCCCUUGUUUCAUUGGGUAUUUGGGGGCCUUUACCUUCAAAAAUCAGCAGAUUUCAUGCCCUAGAAUUGCUCAAUAUUAGCUCAAAUUUCAUUUAUGGAGAAAUCCCAUCUCAUAUUUCAUCCUUAAAAACCCUUAAAAGUCUUAAUUUGGCUGAUAAUUUGAUCACUGGAAAAUUUCCUGAUUUGAGUACCUUACAAGAUCUUCAAGAACUAGACUUAAGCAAUAACCAAAUAGGCCCAAAAUUCCCUUCACUAGGAACCAAUUUAGUGAGCAUUAUAUUGAGAAAUAACUCUUUAAGGUCUCAAAUUCCAUCCCAAAUCAAGAACUUAAACCAACUUCAAAGGUUUGAUGCAUCAGCAAAUAACCUUAUUGGGCCAUUACCAUCUUUUGUUUUCUCUAUUCCUGCAUUAUGGUACCUAAAUUUGGCAGAAAAUCAGCUCACAGGAGAACUUCCUAAGAGCACAAUCUGUGGUAAGAGGCUAUGGUUCGUCGACAUAUCUCGAAACUUGUUGGUUGGACAGCUUCCAAGCUGUAUUGGUACUGAAUCUUACAAGUAUAGAAAAGUUUUAAGUGUGUGGAACUGUCUUUCGGGUUCGAGAUUUCAACACCCAGUUUCGUUUUGUCAAAGAGAAGCUCUUGCUGUGAUUCCACCAGCUAAGCAAAUUGCAGGAACCCAAAAGAGUUCUGGGAUCAAAUUUGGAAUGAUAUUUGGUAUUAUUGGUGGGACUAUAUUGUUUGCUGGUACACUUGUUUCUUUGAUCUGGUUGAUUUACAAGAGGAAACAUUCAGGAAAUGCAGAAAAUCAUAUCAAGUAUGAUAAAUCUGUUGGUGGGAAGCUCUCUACCCGUCCUUCGCCUAUCGUUGAUUCAAAAUAUGGGCCAAAAUCAAUGAGGAUGCCAAACUUGGGUCUUCCAUCCUACCAAUCCUUUACCUUAGAAGAAGUAGAAGAAGCAACAAACCAUUUUGACCAAGUAAACUUGAUUGAAGAAGGAUCACAGGGACAGCUUUACAGAGGUUUGCUACAAAGUGGCUCAGCAGUUCUAAUCAGGUGUAUAAAAGUGAAAGACAAGCAUUCAUCCAAGACUUUAAAACAGCAUAUGGAAGCUAUAUCACAACUAAGGCAUCAAAAUUUGGUCUGUGUUUUGGGACACUGUGUUGUUACUUAUAAGGAACGUCAUCAGGGAAGUACGAUCUUUGUUGUUUUCGAGCAUGUCACAAAUGGUUCGUUACGAGAACAUUUGACAGAUUGGAGAAGAAAAGAUCGGCUAAAAUGGCCGCAAAGAAUGACCAUCUCUAUGGGAAUUGCAAAAGGAGUUCAAUUCCUGCACACAGGAAUGGUACCAGGAGUUUUUGGAAAUGAAAUAAAGAUUGAGAAUGUUUUGUUGGAUGAAAGCCUUACUCCAAAAGUCAGCAACUAUAGGAUUCCCUUGCCCUACAAGGUAGUGACCUCAAAUGAUCAAAACGCAAAAAAUUCAUCAAACCCAGACAAGGAUGACAUUUACAAUCUGGGUGUGAUUCUGCUUGAGUUGCUUACAGGCAGACAAAUCACAUCCGACAAGCAAGUAGAGGAGCUAAAGCUAGAGCUGGAAAGGAGUUUAGCAGAAUCAGCAUCCGCAUUACAGCAUGCAGUGGACCUGUCGAUGAGGGGUACUUACGCGUACCAAUCCAUUAAAACUGCUGUUGAACUUGCCCUCAAUUGCUUAAGCAACGAACCCAGUAGACGGCCUCCUAUGGAAGACGUUGUAUGGCAUUUGCAGUACUCGAUUCAGGCUCAACAGACGUGGACUAGUAGCGGAAAUCUUGCACUCCACAGUGGGAACCAAGGGCUCAAUAAGUGAUCUUCUGUAUAGAAAUGUGGCGGUUCUUUGUCGAUUUCUAUUGCACAAACCCCUGUAAUAUAGCAACUCUUUAUUCUCUUCCCCCAUCUGGUUUAAAAAAGGAAAAAACCUUGUUCAAAAAGUGAAUAUUACUAUACUUGUUUUUGUUAUUAACUGUAAUAAAAUGGGUUCUAAAUAUAUGUUCAUUUUGUCAACAA